UCGUAUACUCGAGGGGGUCGGGGAGGAAUAAGCUGGGGUGUGCGCGCGCGCGCGCGCUUAUCGGCCAAUUCGGUUCCAGGCGAGUGCGCCGAACGUGUAAGAGGAGACGUAAGGACGGCUACAAAAGAACCCCUUUUUUUGCGGCUGUCAUGAUGAGUGACGGACGGCGCGAAUCUGCGCAAGGUGAUCGGAAACACUGAUCUGCUGCAUCUCUCGACGGCGCGGCUCGGGUUGCGCUAAAGGGACACUCAAUCCCGCCGUACACAUCUUUGGCCUCAGGGUGUUUGGUUCUGAUCGGAGGCAGUCGGAUCUAAUGGCAGCAUCACAACGAUGCAGUCGCACCAACAAUGAUCAAUGCACUCGUGCCAAUCAAAGCAGGAGUGACGUCAACCAAAUGUUGUCUAAAAUGAGGUGUGGGGCCUGAAGUUGGAACAAGAAGAAGAACAAAGCUCUGACGGAGGCGCUGCAGACGAUCGCGGGCGAGCACCACGAGCUUCAAGCGGUCGCUGAGCAAGAGCCGGAGGUCGCCCGCCGUCGGCACCCUCGCCGAAGAUCAUUUCUAUGACGCCGUUUCAGAGUCCGAGUCGGAGCUGUCCGUGAGCGGCUUCCUGUCGGCGGCCAGCGACUCUUGCGAAGAGGACGAGGGGAGAGACGCCCUCCUCAGCAGCCGCCGCCAUCGCAGCGCAGCGCGCUCGGAGGGGCUGCCGGAAUGUCAGGGGAGAGUAACCACGGCAACCGGAACAAUGCCGGCAAGAAGCACAGAACAUCUCUGCCGGCUCCCAUGUUCUCCCGAAACGACGUCAGCAUCUGGAGCAUCUUGAAAAAAUGCAUCGGCAUGGAGCUGUCCAAGAUCGCCAUGCCGGUAAGCUUAAACGAGCCUCUGAGCUUCCUCCAGCGGCUCAGCGAAUACAUGGAGCACACCUCCCUCAUCCACCGCGCCAACGCCGCCGCCGACUCUGUCGAACGGAUGAAGUGCGUUGCCGCGUUUGCGGUGUCAGCUGUGGCGUCGCAGUGGGAGAGGACCGGCAAGCCCUUCAACCCUCUGCUGGGCGAGACGUACGAGCUCAUCAGAGAUGAUUUGGGCUUCAGGUGGGUGUCGGAGCAGGUGAGCCAUCACCCUCCUGUCAGCGCCUUUCACGCAGAGGGCCUCGAGGAGGAUUUCGUCUUCCACGGCUCCAUCUGCCCCAAAAUCAAGUUUUGGGGCAAGAGCAUAGAAGCGGAGCCGAAAGGAAUCGUCACACUGGAGCUUCCCAAGUACGACGAAGUCUACACCUGGACGAACCCCACCUGCUGCGUCCACAACAUCAUCGUCGGCCAGCUUUGGAUCGAGCAGUACGGCGGCGUGGAGGUCGUCAAUCACAAGAGCGGUGAGCGAUGCAGCAUGACCUUUAAACCUUGCGGCCUCUUUGGGAAGGAGCUCCAUAAAGUGGAGGGAUACAUCCUCGAUAAAAGCAAGAGGAAGCUCUGUGCCAUCUACGGCAAAUGGACAGAGUGCCUAUACACGGUGGACCCCGCAACCUUCGACGCCCACAAAAAGUCGGACAAAAAGAGUUGUGAGGAGAAAAAGGCCUCCAAACGGAGCAGCGCAGACGAGGAGUCCGAGGAGCUGCCUCCGCCUGACGCCGAGACGGUGCAGGUGAUCCCGGGAAGCGAGCUGGUCUGGAAGAUAACGCCUCGUCCCGACAACUCUGCCAAGUUCUACGCCUUCUCCGCAUUCGCCAUGCAAUUGAACGAGCUCGACGAGAAGAUGGAGGGACUUCUGCCGUCCACAGACAGUCGUCUCCGACCUGACAUCCGCACCAUGGAGAACGGAGAUAUCGAUUCAGCGAGUGCGGAGAAGAAGCGCCUGGAGGAAAAACAGAGGACAGCCCGGAAGAUUCGCGGCAAGUCCCCAGAUGACUGGAAGACCAGGUGGUUUCAGCAAGGAGCCAACCCGCACAACAAAGCUCAAGAUUGGCUCUACUUGAAAGCUUACUGGGACAGGAAGUACUCGCAGCUGCCGGACAUCUACUAGGACCUGGAAACGCGUCCUUGAAACUUUUGAACAUGUCAGUGAUUUUGGUGUGGCACUGCCAGUUGCUGAUAGGAGAGAUGAAUAGAAUAAAUGCUCAAAUGCACUUACAUUAGGUCCAGUGUGGACAGUAGAGCAAAAAAAAAAAAAUGGGGGGGGGGCAAAUUUAGCCCAACAUUCAAACUUGCCGGAUACCAAAGGCUAAUUCUGGUAUCACUAAUCUGUGCAAACACUGCAGCUCUGCUUACCUUUGCUAUGCUUAUGGUCAUGUAAAGUGGCCCACUUGUGAUGUCACAAUUUCCCACUUGAUGGGCGGGCAGACACUCGAGACCUAACUGCUUGUUUACAAGUUUUUGAAAAGUCCAUUUUCUAUAACAUAUAGCCCUUUAGGGUUUUGAUCACUGGCCUUUGGUUUACACUUGAUGGAAACUCAAUUUUAAUUCCCAAUGUGAUGGUUUGACUGCUUGUCGUUUUUCCUCAAGUUUCCACAUAUACUGAAAACCUUUUGGUCGUCAUUGGGAAAAAAUGAACUGGAUCCUUCAACUACUACUAAUUAUACUUUUUACAUGACAGGAAUACGUAUAGAGAGUAAGAGUAUUUCAUUUACUAAGUUGUAUUUUUUCUUCUUCUUACAGUAAGCUGCUCUCUUGCUGUGAAAGGGUCUUUGUCAAAUGUGUACAGUAUGUAUCUUGCUAGCAAUACCAUACAAACAACGCAUGCAAAUCACUUAACAGUAUGCGUCUUGCUAGCAAUACCAUACAAACAAUGCAUGCAAACCACUAACUCUGCAACCACCUCCACCACCCUCAUGUGAGUAGCUGCUCUUUGUAAGAAUAUAACUACUUUCUAUUGUUGUUAAAUAAAAGCAAAAUUAUAAUAAA